AUGGAACACCGAUACAACGGACCGCCCUUCUCAAUUCAGCUUCUGAGGGGCAACGGUGACAACCUGUCUCAACCCAGCAAGGGCCAACUCCUAUCAACUUUUCCUGCGUCGUACCGCACAAGCAUCGAUGACCUGGCCGCCCCGAGUUGCUAUGAUAUGGCAUGCGUUGAAAAUGAGCUUGACCUACGGAGACUGAACAAGGUUUUUGACUGGCUAUGGAUCGUGGGUCGGCCCAUGCCUCCCCGCCCGCUCCAUCACCAGCUGCUGCUUAGCCGAGAGGUCUUCAUCACAGAACAGAUGGACAUGCAUCUUGUCUGGACAGAGGGCCGGGUCUUCCUCAAACCCAUACCGCGCUUCCUGCUGGAGCCACAUUUCUGGACUGAAUAUCUUUCCUGCAGAGAGUAUUGCGAAUGUUCUUCUAAGGAUGAAGCCAGCUCGCUGGGAAGUGCGCAGGAGUGCACACGUCGAAAGCUGUGGAAGUCUGCGCUCGGCUUCCUGUUCUCGUACGCCGCGCUGGUCACCCACGAAAGCGAUUUCCAUAUUGCAAAAGACAAGCACCUGCUGCCGGCAGAGGGGACAAUAACAUGGCAGGGGUGGAGGACGUUCGUCGAACAACUUGACACGGAGAACAUCUACCGGGAGAUUAACCCGCGAUUUAUCUACGGAGAGCUUCGGCUAAGCCGUCUGAAUAAGAUAUAUAGGCUAUCCCAGCGCCCGUUUCUGCGUGGCUACAUGUCACACUGGCACCAGUAUAGAACCUUCUUUCAGGACAACUUCACAUGGCUGGCGUCUGCGAUGGUUUACAUUGCUAUUGUCCUCACUGCCAUGCAGGUUGGGCUGGCGACAAAGUCUCUUACCGAGAACAAUGCGUUCCAAUUGGCCUCAUACGGGUUCACCAUCUUUUCAAUUUUGGGUCCUCUAGUUACCGCGGGCUUCAUCCUCCUUGCUUUUUGCUAUAAUUUCAUGGAUAAUUUGGUGGUGGCGGUAGCUUACAGGAAGAAACGGGUUGGCUAUGUCCAGGCUAGGUCGGCAGAAUCGUUAAAUGCUUAA